AUGCACAAGACGGGUUCAUCUGCCUUGCAGUUCGCGUUGCUUGACUUCGGACGCCGAGAAGUGGCGCCGCGAGUGGGGAGCCGGCUGCUCAGACGCUUUGUCUUGGUGGUGAUCCGCGUUACUGGUCACCUGCAGCGUGGAGGGUGGCGGGUAGGCUGGGUUUGGGAGUAUGAGCUCGUUCGCGUCAUGCAGCUCUUCACCGAACACAACGUUCUGCUGCCAGUGGGGCGCACGUUUAUCCACUUCCGGACGGGUCUGGUUUUCUUCUUUGCUGGAACCCGGACAGACUGGCCAUGGACGAUUUCCUCCGCCUUCGCCAGUGACAACGUGGAUACCGCCCGGCGCGAUGAUCGCUCUUCUGACCGCCCGGAGCGGUGUCCCGGAAAGCGGUGCCACGAAUACAACCAGAAUGCGGGUCUGCCGAACAGCACCAUGCGGGACUACCUUCAAGACAAGGGCACGCCGUUCAUCGCACGCUUCAACGAGGUUUCUCUCUUCCGUGGCUGUGAAAGCCAGGGAUUUCCUUUCCUGGAGGCCCCCGUUCGGCUCACCGUGAUCCUCAUGGCGCUACCGGAGCAGAGGGUGAAAUACCAACAGGUUCACUAUCAGAAUCGUCCUUCGAUGGAUUGGUAUGAGCAGCUCGGGGACUACGAUUCCCUGGUCACACGCUUCUCUCUCGCGGCCAAAGCCAUCCGCGACAACGCACAGGUUUACGGUUGGGAGGCGCCCGACGGGAGUGGGAAGAAGCCCAUCGUGAUAAUGGGCGUACCAGGUUGCGCUUCGAACGUGCAGCAGCCUCACGAUGCUGUGGCUAAUUGCCUCAAGCACUGGAAGCAGAACUACAGCCAUCUUUUUGAGGCGUUGCACAUUUGCUGCAGGAAUCGCCGGGGCCCGGACGAAGAUCUCUGCACUCGCGUUCGUGCGGCCGUCAACCUGCGGGAACGGCCUCCGCCGGGACUCGAUGUGACAUUGAGGGAUCAGGGGCCGGCUGUGCAGAAGAAGAGGAUAGUUGCAGACCGCGCCAUUCUCGACGACCCGCUCGACGAGGAUGAGACAGAUGAGGCAGUGGCUCGAUUUCGCCAGCAGCGGGAGAUAACCGUAGAGAUGGGGCAGAAUAGAAGAGGCUCCAUCGUAUGGACCUCCGACAAAAUCGCCGGCUUUUGGAGGAAAAGGAAAGAGGAUAUGGCCGAACGGCAGCUGGUCGAAAAUGCGGAGGGAGCCGUUAGCUCCGCCCGCUCCCAGGCUCUAGCCAUGGCGAGUGUCAACUUGUGGGUCCGCAAGAAGUCGGCGGACAUGCUGGGCUUCAUCCCCAAGGAAGAGUCGGGCGGUGUUGGGGAUGGAGACAGCAGCCUCAGCGGGGGAGAUUCCAGGGACGCUCUGGGCCGCAGCGGCAGUAGCAGCCCGAAGGCCUCACCAUCCUUCAGCCGUGGAAGGCGUGCCUCCACAUCGAAUGCUCCGCAGACGACCACCGACAUCCAGGCCGGGGCACAGCGACGUGCCUCCAGCGCUUGCGCAGACUGGACCAAGGUGUACAUCAGCCAGAACAAUGUGAUAUUGACCGUGGGGCGAAGUUCCGUGACGGGCACGCUGGGCCAAUGGCUCAGAUGGGAUCACAGACCUAGUGCCGGCGAGGAUUUCCAGGUCUUCACCAGCGCCCCCGUCGAAGUUGUAGGUUAUGAGCCCAAGGGCUCGCGUGAACUCUGCAUAGUCAUGGAUCUUCAGGGUAGGCGCCGUCGGGGAACUGAUGGUUCAGCCGCCGUGGGGGAGUUUUUAGCGCUUCCAGAUGGGGAAAGCGCAGCUGUGCGCCCGAAUCAGCAAGUUGAUAGCGGUGCUGCUGGUGGAGAAGAAUCAGCGGGUAUCGUAGGAACUGGAGAGGGCGUUGGGGCAGCUGUGAAUCCAUUCUGGAGUGAGAGAAUGCAGAACGAAGCGCAGCUUCGGGCAAUGCGGCCACAGGGGCUUGCGGAGGCGGAACAGACCACUUCUGCGGCAGAUAGCUACGGGUACGGCAUCGGGUUCUAUGGAUCAGGGACGGUCGGCCGAUUCGUGCCCCCCAGUGAACGUGGAUCUUUGGACUUCCAAGCAGGGGUAGAGGAAGGCAUUCGGAGAGCUACCGAGGCCAUGCGGGUGGGAUUCCGUUGUAACAUUUCACGAACGCAACAUCAGUUGGACUUCAAUCCCACUGUUACUUCCAUUAUGGCCUAUGCUAGACUUCUGCAGGCAGAGAUGGAAACGCUUGCUUUGUCAGGUGUAGACCCGGAUACUGAAGAGACCCCUAAGCUCACCAAGAAGCAACGGGCGGCGGCAUUGCGGAAGGAACAAUCUGGUACACCUGGUGAAAAGGCUGCAGGUAAGGGCGGAACUUCCGAUGCAGGACAGGCGGGAGGUGACAAUGCCCAAGCCUCAUCUACAGCCCCGGGUAAAGGUGGUCAAGGCGGCGGUAAGCCCAACUCGGAUGGCAACAAUGGUGGUAAAGGCGAGGAGGCGACUCCUCGGGGGGAGUCAGGCUCGGCAGGUUCGGGCUCUGGCACGGCCAACGCCGGGGGGAAAGGAAAUGCUGGGAAUCCCAAGGGCGACCAAAAGGGUGCGCAGGUUCGGCAGGUAACUGCUGGUGAUGUUUCUGGGAGUUCUGCGGGGACCGCAGGAGAGGGUCCUCAAGUUGCGAAGGCGACUGAGACCUCGUCGCAGGAGUUGAUUGCGGAAAUCACAGAGGAGCUGAUAGUAGAGAUUGAGGAGAAACGGGCUUUGGUGUUGCAUCGCGCUCUGCGUUUGAAGGCCAUGAGUUGUGGAGCGGUUGAUUCCAGUCAGGACAGUCAUGCUCCAGUAGAAGACAUGUUGCAGUGGCUGCGGAAGCUUAGUCCGGACGGUCCUGAAGGGAUCCUGGCGCGGGUACCUCCAGCCUGGAAGGGCAAUCUUUGCGGGGAUGAUGUCCCCUUCAAUCGAAGGGUGCGUCGAGCGGUAAGCAGGGCAGAUAGGGUAAUCAUCCAUUUGUUCUCCGGAAAGACUAAAGCUCGUGACUUUGGCAACGUACCUAGCUCUGUGUACAUCCUCUCCAUUGAUCUGGAACAUGGUGCUGACAUCUUGGUAGAUGGGACGUUUUGGAACGCAAACGCGAUCUCUGAGUCGAGGGGAGAGGCCUCCGAAGAAGGCGUCUUAUUCGUCCUUGAAAACCCCAUGGAUCCUCAGGAGUAUCUUCAGGAUGAAAAGGAACAUGUUAGCUUGUGGGAUUGGCCUGAGGUUCGCUACUUGGAGGGUGAAAAGGGAAUGUUUCGGGCUUCGUUCUCGCAAAAGCUUUUCGGUCACCCGGUGAACAAGCCUACGACGCUGUUGAUCAAUGAUUGGGGUCUUUAUUUGGAGUUGCAUGGCAAGCACUGUUCUUCUGGAGCCGUGCCGGUGGAACAGCAUCCAGACUUGCAAGACCGGCUGCAGCUGUCCAGAACAUGGGCGAAGUGGGCUCCAGGCCUCACUCAGGCCAUAGGGCGAGCCAUAGCUAAGUGGAUUGCCCUCUCACUGAAGGGGAAGAUCAGCUUGGAAGGGAUCACCCUAUUCCCGCUCAGUGGGAAGAUGAUGACGUGGCAGGAGGAUGAGACUUCUGGUUUGGAUUCGGCUUGGGAGGAUAGGGCUAAGCAGUGGAACGACCGCUGGAAAGCCAUCAUAAGUGAACUCACUGAGCCAGUUGAAGUGGGAUAUCGCUUUGACGGCCAGCAUUCCGUCGGAUCCGCGCAGCAAUGGCAGUGGGGAGAGCAAAAGCUCAGAUGGGCUUUAGGCAAAUUGGGUGCAGAAACUCCGAAACGAGACUUGGUUCCUGCAGGUACUGCAGUCGCCCCGUCCAUUCGAGUCCCCAAUGCCACUGUUAUCAGGAUUCAGGACGAUGACGAUGUUCGUUUGUAUGUGAUCUCCUUGACGACCUUCCCGCACCAUCUCGUAGGGUAUUUGGAAAAGUUCCAGGUGUUCUUGUUCCUGGGCGUGGCAGCGCGCCACGGGGGGAGUCAGCGUCAGCGAAUGCUCCUGAUGCAGGGGAUGGUGCUCAUGAUUCAGCGUCCGCGAAUGCUCAUGAUGCUACUGGUGAUGGUGUUCAUGAUGGUGAUGGUGGUGCGAAAGGAAGCCGAUUGGAUGAUGUUGAAAGGACCGGAGAAGCUGAGGAAGCUCCCGAAGAUGACGGAUGCUCCGGCCACUUGGGCAGCGUUGAGGGUCACUUUGGACAUGCAGGUCGAUUGUGGCUUGCUGAGGACCAAGUUCAGGGUUUCGAUGACAAUUCUCAGGAUGUUGUGGAGUGGAAUGGCCAACGUGGACGCUGAUGGCGGUCGCGUUGUGAUAGUUGCGUAUACACCUCGACGUCUUUGCAAGGGUCCUGAGUACUUUGAUAUCAGUACGGACUCGGAGGAUGAUCCAGUUCCGGGGGAGUGGACCGACACAGGAGAGCCGAAGCACUUGGAAGAGCGUGUUGGUCGCAUGGUGCAGUUGGAGCGUGAAGAACGUAAGGCGCUUGUUGAAGAGUUGGAUCGUGGCUUGACUUGCGUAACGCCUGGUUUGCUUGCGGAGUUUGGUGAAGACUUGACUUUGAUGAAGUUGCUUCAAGAGCAUGAUGCUUGUGAGCGUGAGGUUGAGCUUGGUUGUUCGUCGCUUGCCUUGCAUCGCUUGAAGUCGGUUGAGCGUGAGCUUGAAGAGUUGUGGUGUGAAGCAGAGAAAACCGGACUUCCGCAGGUCAGGGCAGUGAGAGUGGACUCCGAGCCUCUUGGUCCGACGACUUCAGCCGUGCCCGAGGAUGACGGUCAGUUUCGUGACUUGCGGGAUGGCUCAGUCCCGGGGGAGUUGUCGCAGGCGGUGCAUCCCAAUUUCGGUUUAGACACUCCCGAGCUGGUAGGCAAGGGUGCCCAGCCGACCCCAGGUGCUCUUCUGCAGACUAGGAUAGUUCCUCAGGCAGAGGUUUGGCAAAACAUUGAGGAUUGGCGACAACCUCUCACGGACGAGGUGGUUGCGCUCAAAAAUGCUCAUCGAGCAGUUUGGGCCAUUGGGCCUGAAGAGCUUAAAAGGCUUGAGCAACUGGCGGUUGUUUCGGUGAUUCCUGCAAAAGGGGUUUAUACUCAAAAGCCAAUAACCAAUCGGUUGAGGGCUCGUAUUGUGGGAUGUGGGAAUUUCUUGGAGAAUGACGCUCCUGUUGAAGACGCGGCUAAGGGCAUGUGUCGAUCGCAGGAGUUGUAUGCAGGUGGGGUUGAUGGUGUUAGCGUGCGACUUCAGACUGGUGUUGCUGCGAUAAAUGGCUGGGGUAACGCAAGCCUUGACAUUAAGACGGCCUUCCUUGGAGCGCCGCUUUACCAGAAUAAUCAAGGACAGGCGUUGCUUACUCCCAGCGACUUGGAAUCCGGCAAUCUUGACUUCGAACUGUUGGUGAAGAAGUUGCGUGCUGUCCAAGGGGAUAAGGUAAAGAUCGUAGUGGUUUCCCCCCCUAAAAUCCUUGUAAGGCUUGGUCUAAUUGAAGAAUCUGAAAAAUGGCUGGUGGUUAAAGCUCUGUACGGAUUGGCGGAGGCACCGCGCAGAUGGAGUGCUCAUCGUGAUCUUCUACUUCGUCAGUUGUGUUGGGAAGAUGGUGGACGUCGCUUUUCCCUGGUUCAGUGCGAGGCGGAUGCCAAUCUUUGGCGAGUGGUCAGUGUGCAGCAGCCAGAGAGCACUCAGGACGUGGAUGCAUCCUCUCAUAAGCCGGUUCCUGGAACUUCCACCCCUAAUCCCCAGCAGGAAGAUGAGGGUCCCAAACUUCACGGCCUUCUCGGCGUAUAUGUCGACGACAUGCUUAUCACCGCUGAUGGCGCUACCACAGACAAUUUGAUCAGAGAAUUGCGGGCCAUAUGGUCCACUUCGGAGCCGGAGGUUGCUGAGGUCGGAAGGCCGAUCCGUUUCUGCGGUUUCAACCUUCAUCGGUUGACGGGGGGUGGGUAUCUUCUUAAUCAAGAGGAUUAUGUUCAGGAUUUGCUUCAGAGGUUUUCGGACGUAGAGGGCACGUCGGACGUGCCGUGUCUCAAGGAAGAGGAGCCCGAGCCAGAGUCCCCCGCGAAAUCCGGCCGUGAGAAGCUGGAAAAUCAGGCUUUUGAGAUGCGUCAUCUGGCAGGAAGAUUUAUGCUUGCUGACAUUGCAACAAAAUCAUUGCAGGGCCCACGGCACCGCGAACUUCUAAAUCUUCUGGAAAUGAAAGAUCCUGAAAGCUUUGCUGCACCCCUGGAGGUUCGUAAGCUGCGUGGUGAAGGCUUGCUUUGUCAGUCAAAUUCCUCGUGUAGGCCACAUAGAGCCAUGGGCGUGAAGAUGUUGGUGUCUUCGGUGUUGCUUGCGACAGUGGCGGCUAAGCUUAUCAUCACCGUUGAAGACAAUAGUGAUGAAGAUCAAUUGGCCAAAAUCCUGCUGGCAGUGAGCAUGUUGCUUGCGACUGUGGCGGGCUACCUGCUGCGAAAGUGGUGUGCUGAGAGGCGUGUUGAAGGGUCCGAGGAUCCAUCAGAGGUGAGGUCCUUGAGAGUCUCCGCGCUGAGGGAGUCAGAAGAUGAUCAAUGGUCAGUGGUUUCAAACGUAGGAGGUGGAACUCAAGCGGUGACUGAGCACUCUGGCUUGCGAGAACCGUUAGCUCACGGACACUCUGGCUUGCGAGAACCGUUAGCUCACGGACACUCUGGCUUGCGAGAACCGUUAGCUCCCGAGCACUCUGGCUUGCGAGAACCGUUAGCUCCCGGACACUUUGGCUUGCGAGAACCGUUAGCUCCCGGACACUCUGGCUUGCGAGAACCGCUAGCUCCCGGACACUCUGGCUUGCGAGAACCGCUAGCUCCCGAAGAAAAGAAGAAAGACAAGUGGAUUAUCGACCGUAAGCGAUCGGUACUCAUACGCCUUCACAGCUCUUCGAGGCUGUACUUGCUGGAUCCGAGGAAGCUGAAGCUUCCAGAUGAGUGCCAAGUCUCCCAGCUUUCAGGACGUAGGCGCUCCUUCGUCGAGUAUGUGGAUGGCUCUGAUCCUAAGAGUGAGAUCCUCAAUGAUGACUUUGUCAGCGCUGGAUCCAAGAAGCUAGCCAAGAGCUGGGUAGGAAGAACCGAGUUUGAGAUCCGCAAAGCGGCGAGCUCCAGAGGUGCCAAGGGGAGCGGAGCCGCUGAAGCUCCAGCUCGACCGCGCCGCCCUCUCAUAGGCGAGCGCACCGAAGCCCCGAACCAAAACCGGGGCAGAACAGCCGAGCCCGAAAAGGGCAAAGGCAAAACCGGCCCGAGUGCGGGCCGCCCCGCCUCGGAGUCGGGGAGCCGAACCCCCCGUCGCGGGGAAAAGGGAGCAGGGAAGCCCACCAAGGGCAAGCCUGCCAAGGGAGCUGCGCAGCCCGCAAAGGGCAAGGCAGCCCAAGAAAAGGGAGCAGAGCAGCCCGCAAAGGGCAAGCCAGCUCCAGCAGGCAAGUCCGGCAAGGGCAAGCCUGCAACCCAAGAGCCUGAGCAAGGUUCUGGGAAAAAGAAGAACCACCGAGGUGGUCGUUCCCAAGCGGCCCGCGCCAACCGCGAGGCCCGCGGCGCCGAAAGGCGCGAAAGAGAGGGUACAGACCCGGUCGUCCUCGUAGAGGGCCCGGGGACUGAUAUCCCAGAGCCGCGCACUCCGGAGGAAGCUCCUGCAGGUGCCGGCCAGAAGAUUCCGAGCCCGAGCUCGGAAUCCUCCUUGGACACCGCGCCGGUGCCCAAGGCGCCAGUCUUCACAGAAUCCUUGUUUAAGCAUUUGGGGUGA